CUGCCGACCCUCCAGACUAUCGCACAGUACGACAGUGGCAGGAGCUCUGCCGACUACCGUCACCUCUUAGACUUAGAUUGUCAAUUAACAAAUAUUUCACAAUAAAUCGGAAGUUUGGUCAACGAAACUGAACAUUCUCGGGCGCGGGUCAUCAUCCAUCUCUCGUUCGUUUACGCUCGCCAACUAUUUUGUGAAGUAGAGUAGCAUAGGUUAGGAGUGAACAAUGAAGACGAUAGUUGCCAAAAUCCUGAUCGUCGUGUUUUUAACUGGAACACAGGUGCUAGGAUAUCCUCCGCAAGAAAGGCUCACACCAGAUGGAGCGCCAGUUCCUACGGACACUGUUGUACACGAGGACUCCGUGGCGUCCGCCUCCGAAAUAGGGGAGGAGUACGAGGACGGUGACGAUUCGGACAUGUACAUGGAGGAAGCGGGAGGGACUAGUAGCGAAACCGAUCGGAUCGAUAAAGGGAGGGAGAGGGAGGAGGAGGAGGAGGAGGAGGAGGAGCGAGGUGGGAGCGAAAGUUACGCGAAUACGACCGAGCGUGGCCGUCCGUCGAACGCGCGCGAAGAAGUCGUCGAAGAUGGAAAAACCGAGGCGUCGUCCGCCACGUCCGCCAAGUGGACGGAUCAGGAAGCGGAGAACACGAAGGAGACCACCGAUUCGGAGGAGAGGAGUUUGGAAACCGAGAGUCAGAACUUCUUCCCCUCGUUCGCCGACUUGUUCGCCAAUCAGAGGAGUUCGUUCGCCGAGCAGCAAAGGUACAGGGCUCAGAACAGAUUCCUCGGAUACUUGCAACGGGAUCGGAACGGUUAUCAAACGUCGGCGGUAACCGUCGGCGGGAAAGACGUGCACCAUCCCCUUCUGGGAUCGGGCAACUUCGGCGUGAUUCGAGGCGGCACCUAUUACCCCGAGGAGAAGGAGAACGACGAGUACUCGGUGGACGAUACCCUGUACAAUCCUUACUAUCACGGGGGGAAUCGUGGCCGCGCUAAUUAUUACAGGAAUCCUAAACCGCAACCGGUUCGCGGCGGCGAUUUCUUCGCGAAUUUCCGAGACUUCGCCGACAUCACCGCUCCCCCGAAGUCCAGCUUCUCCCACUUGUCCGUCGUUUACGCGAAUAAAAACGCGACGGGGACGCGCCUCGGCCAGGAGCCCAGAAAUAUCAUCGAAACUCUGAGGAUGCUGGAGGAGGAAGGGCAAACGAGCUCCGAGGUGGCGGUCGGCACGGAAUUACCGAGGAAGAAACAGAGCAAGGGGAAGAGGAAGUUGAUGAAAAUGAAGCAGUACGAGGAGGACAAGGCGAGGAGAUCCUCCUCCCGCAUCACCGUCGAGCCUUUGUUGGCGCUUAGUUGAACGUUUUCGGAAUUGAAAUUGUAAGGUAGUGCGGACGCGAACCACGGGAUACCUUCCUUCCCCCCUCCCCUCUUAAAAAAAGAAAAAAGAAAUCUGGCCACGAGAUUAGAAUCAAAGCGUGAACGAAAAAUAUCGUCAUUUGUCCUGUUUAUCGGAGAAGGAUUUCGUGCGGAAGAAACGAUCGAUCAAAGGGACAAAUCGCGUGAAUUUUUUUUUUUUCUCCCUCCCCAAUAAUUUUCCCCCGAUAAUUCGAUGCGUCGAGACUGGAUUUUGUAUUUAACAAGAAGAACGUUCGUGUAAUUAGAAAUUUUAUAUCAACGCGUUCCGUUUUUCGUACUUGUAAAUUAUUGGAAUCAACGUAACCGCCUUGACGUGCUUUCCAAUUUUCGUGGCAAUUGUACAGAUUGCGUGUAAACCGUAGUAUUUUUCCCCAAUUAUUUAAAUCGUUCGCUACGAAGGAGAUACGAACUGUGUGUGUAUAUCGUUUCGCUUUCGUAAUUCCACGUUUCUUUCUCAGACGUUCCUCGGAAAGAAAACUAAAAGCGUCAAAAUAUAGGUUGCCAUCGAACCGCUGAACAUAAUAAUCGUGGACAGUCGGUGCUCGACUGAAAUUACUUUGAAAAUUUCGAAUCGAAGUAUCUGCUCUGUUCGAUCGGACGAGAUAUCUGAAUUGGAAGAAGAACUAUCGGAAAUGAUCUAUCGACUCCAAUUAACCUCGUGUCCGUAUGUAAGGAUAUAUAAAAGUAUAUCUGUGAAAUAGCGUUUUUAUCGCGUCGAUCGAUUAAUUUCGCAAUUUUUGCGCGCCACCUUAAUCAUUCGAAGUUAUCGAACGAGAGAGAAGAUCGCGCGAAACUCGUUUUAUUCACGGACACGGUUUUAAAUUGAUCGAAUGCAUUUGCGCGUGCACCUUCGUUAUGCUCGAGUAAACUUCAGCCCGGUAACGAGUGUGACCGUGUACGCGCGCAUUAACGGGUUAAUCUCUCCGUUCACGGGCUUGCGCGCACGCGCUUGACACGCGUAUUCGUAAAAGCGGUGUGAAAGCGCCACGAGUGUUCCAAAAAAAAAAAAAAAGAAAAAAGAACAGAAAAUUCGCGGAAACGGAAAUCGGAAGGAGAAAUAUUUGCGUUUGUCACGGCCUUUUGUAAAUAAAUUUCUACUGCUCUGCCUCGCGUUUUCUUUAGUGUUUUAGCUAAAGCGGAACCGGACAUUAACAUUUGCGUCUUCGUUCGAUGAACAUGCGCGUGUAUUAUUCGUUCGCGGACCGUGUGUAUUUCUUCGUUUAACUAUGAUUGUAGUUGUAAACUACGCUCACGUAUCUAUAAUCGUAGAUAAGUAUACAUAUAUAUAUAUCUCAUAUUUGUUUCUUUUUCUACGUUGCAGACUGUCUCGCUGCAUUUAUAUAAAUUCACAAAGACUGUUUCAUCUAUUAAUUAUUAUUAUUAUUAUUAUUAUUAUUAUCGGCUUCGAGAAGUAGAAUUUGUUCAUCUCUUGUCGUUGAUCAAAUUAAACUUAAUAUCUUCUAUCACAAAAGUAUCGAAUUUUUGUUCAGAUUCACACGUGUGCGAUUGAUUUUUUUCUUCUCACAUCACGAUCCCUUCAUACUUUUCUCUUUUUCAUGCGUGUUUUAUUUCCAAAUCGUUGUCGACGAUUUGUCGUUUGUUUUUUUUCUCUCAAAAAUUUCCGACACGAAUCAUGGCAUGUAAAGAUUCACCAUUAUUCCACUUCGCGCUAGAAUACUCUAUAUAAAGACGAAAAGUCCACCAGUGAAUCUUUCGCUGUAGAUUUCGACGUAUUGUUAUAUAAAGAUUUUGUUGUUACGUUUACUUUUAAGUACAAUAGUGUAUAGGUAUGAUAAUAAAUAAAUGCUCGAUCACUGUGUCUCUCGUAUCUCGUAUAUAAUCUCGCACACUGUAUACAGCAAGGGACACGUGAUGAAAUAUCGAAAUAAUAAAGUAUAUUUUUCAUAA